CUUCGUUCUGACCGCAGCCAGCACAGCCAGCACAGCCUGGAGAUUUCCUUGAUUGCUGGGCCUGGUUCAUGACAAUCCCUACUUAUCGUUCUUCCUGACAAGAUGUCGACCCAGUCUGCCUUCCGCAGUUGGGAAGCCGAGAACAACAUCAUCACCAUCGACCCGUCUCAAAACGCCCUAUACAACCUACCAGACGCAGAAUCCUACAAAGCUCUUCAGGAUGCUGCACCAUGGAAGAAAGACCCCAACUAUUUUACACACGUCCGCAUCUCUGCGCUUGCUCUCCUCAAAAUGACCACACAUGCUCGAUCCGGUGGAAGCAUAGAGAUCAUGGGCCUGAUGACGGGCUACGUCUCGGGCAAAUCCCUUAUCAUCACCGACGCAUUCAGACUACCGGUUGAAGGUACUGAGACACGAGUCAAUGCACACGCCGAUGCAGAUGAAUACAUGGUCAACUUCGGUGUUGCAUCAAGAGACGGAGGAGGUCAACUUGAAAAUCCUAUCGGAUGGUACCAUUCACAUCCGGGAUAUGGCUGCUGGCUGUCGGGUAUCGAUGUUAAUACUCAAAUGACGCACCAAAUGGUCAAUGAUCCCUUCGUCGCCGUGGUCAUUGAUCCAGACCGGACAGUCAGCGCGGGCAAGGUUGAGAUUGGUGCUUUCAGAACGUAUCCCGAGGGUCAACGACCGACGAAUAAGGCCUUCACCGAUGAAAGCGACGAAUUCCAGGCGAUUCCCACCGGCAAGAUUGAGGAUUUUGGAGCCCACGCCAAUUCCUACUAUGCUCUUGAAGUCGCCCACUACAAAUCGACACUAGACACACACCUACUAAGCCUUCUGUGGAACAAAUACUGGACAUCGACAAUUUCACAAUCACCACUGUUCACCAACCGGGACUACGCCAACAAGCAGAUCGCCGACCAUGCGGUGAAAAUCAAGGAACUUGCCAAAAAACAAAGAACCGGCGCAAGCAUGGGGCGGAGAGGUCAAGAGCUGGCAGGCACUGGCGACAAGAACAUUAGAGUCUUGAAAGAUGGCUCGUUGGAGCAGGUCGUCAGAGGAGGCAACAAGAUCGCGUCGGAAGAAGUGGCAGGGCUGCUGGCUAGCGAGGUCAAAAAGGCGCUGUUUUGGGGUGUGGUGCAGGAAGCACGGAUCAAAGCUGCCGGUGAGCAAGCCACGAAUGCUGCGGCUGGUGUUGCAGUUGCCAGUAACGGUGGUUGAAAUACCUAGAAGUUUGGGAUAUCCUUGAUGAAGCUAAGCAUCUGCGUGGUAUGCUCGGCAUCAUAUCGCGUACAGUACGGAUAUAUGUCGAAGCUGGCCGCAUGGUCAUGAGAAAACCCUCGCAGAGGCUCAAACCGUGCAUGGCCAGUCGCCCACCUGUUCACAACAAACUGCUCAGGUAGACGCCCGACCACAAAGGGUAUGCUUCUCUGUGGCAUUCGGAGCGACCCAGGGAUCACAAAUGGCUAGUCACAGCCACCAGUGUUUGACCUGCGGCAGGCUGGGCUUUCCCCUUCAGUGCAUCAGAAUGCUUUCCUGGGCAGCGAACAUGAAGCGGUCCUUCCUGGGCGCUGAGGGUACCUACCUUUGGUAGUGUAAAAGGAAAGACUUGUCGUCCCUCCUUCGCUCUUACAGUUUUUUUGUACAUGAGUAGCUGACACCACUCGUACGAGGAUGACCUGUACUAUGCCGAUCGAGCCCCUUUUCAGAAUCGGGAGGUAAAGCCUUUACUAUGUACCUAGGAACCAGGCUGGGUGCCAGGUAUCUAUCGACCUCGGUUGUACUAGAGCCCAUGUGAAGUACUUGUACUUGGUACUGUAGU